AUGAAGAAGGGAAUGGAUCCAUUCCGUGCAGUAACUCUUCUCAAUGUGCAAGAGAAGAUCGAAAGCAUCUCCUCUGGAGGGGACUCAGUGUACCUUGGCACUGCAAUCGGGAACAUUCUGCAGUUUUCGUUCCCGGCAAAGAGCUCUGAGGAUCCACCAGAAGCUGCACUGAGGGGCGCCGCGUCCCUUGGUUCAAAACGACCUGUCGAGCAGGUUUGUGCCACCUCACGCUUUGUGUUCGCCAUAUCAGAUGGAGUCCUCUAUGUGCUGCGGGCAGACGUCCUGUCGGCCACGCCCGUGGAGCUGUGCAGAGACGUGAAGAACAUGUGUCUGCACACGGGCUCCGGUGACGAAGCGACAAGCCCUGCAGAGGUAUGUGUGGCAAUGAGGAAGAAGUUGGUCCUGUUCAGUCACAACGGCAGCAGCUUCGAGCAGCGGCAGGAAUUUCCGACGAAUGAGGCUGGGAAGGGCAAGCAUGAGCAAUGCAACAGCUACAGAUGA